CGAGGGGUGAGGUGCAUAAGUCUCCUCAAUGUAGUACCCAGAUUACCAUACGAGCAUGAAAAAAACAAACAUGGCGGACGUGCCACGGUCGAAAGAGUUGAUACAAAAGAUGGAUGAAGAGGACAGGAGGGAUUAUCUGGAUGUCUACUAUCGACGAGUGAAGAAACAAAUUCUUCAGUAUCAAAGUGGAAGUAUUGGUCUGUUUCCUUUGUACACAAAUAAUGUACAAAAUGAAGAAAGUCACGUUCGAGACAGCAUUUAUUGUGCCAUGGGUGUGUGGGCUCUGGCACUGGCUUACAGACAUAUUGACGACAGCAAAGGCCGAGCAUAUGAACUUCAGCAGUCUGUUGUGAAAUGUAUGCGAGGAAUCCUGUUCUGUUACAUGAGGCAGGCUGACAAGGUAGAACAAUUCAAGAAGAACCAGUCAGCGCACAAUUCCCUUCAUGUCAAGUUUAAUGUCAACACAGGAGAUGCAAUAUCUUCAGACUUAGAAUGGGCUCAUCUUCAGAUUGAUGCUGUAUCACUUUAUCUUCUGACCCUUGUGCAAAUGACUGCAUCAGGACUACAGAUUAUUUAUACCAGUGAUGAGGUUAACUUUGUUCAGAAUUUGGUGUACUACAUUGAACGUGCUUAUAGAACUCCUGAUUACAGCAUGUGGGAAAGAGGAAGUAAGGAAAAUGUAGGGCACAAAGAAUUGAAUGCAAGUUCUAUCGGUAUGGCUAAGGCUGCUCUUGAGGCUAUAAAUGGAUUUAAUGUUUAUGGAAUGCAGGGAACCUCAUCUUCUGUUAUCUAUGUUGAUCCUGAUGCUCACAACAGGAACUACACUAUCAUGCAUUCUAUGUUGCCAGUGGCAUCUUCGUCUAAGGUGACAGAUGCGUCGCUGUUGACAAUCACGGGAUUUCCAGCCUUUGCUGUAGGAGAUGAAUCUUUGUGUCAGCAAGCAAAAGCUAUGGUUGUGGAAAAAUUGGAGGGAUUCUACGGACUAAAGCGCUUUUUACGUGAUGGUUACAGGACUGUUCUGGAAGACAAAAAUCGCAGAUAUUAUGAAAAGAGAGAACUACAGAUAUUUGAUGGAAUAGAAAACGAAUGGCCGAUCUUCUUCAUCUAUCUUGCACUAGAUGCUCUGUUCAAGAAUGAUAAAGAAACUGCGGAAAAGUACAUCAACAAACUGCAAGAAGACGGUCUGCUUUUGAACAACGACACUGGUGACUUGAUACCGCAUUACUACUACGUGCCAAAAAUAUACCUGGAAAAAGAAAGGAAAAAGCCACAUUCUCAAGUUCGAUUGCCAAGUGACGAGGAUGGCGGGCUUUUCCUCUGGGGACAGUCACUCUUGAUCAUAAUGAAUCUGUUAUAUGACGGUCUUUUAGACGUGAAUGAAAUCGACCCCAUCGGAAGGCAUCUGUCCCACUCGGCCAAAAAUCGCUUUGGUCAUAGUAGCUACAGAUACUCGUCAUUUAGGGUUGUGGACUCUGACCUAGUGGUCCAAGUUUCUUUGAUCACGGAAAGCAGAAACCUACAGACUACAUUGGCGACAUUUGGUAUUGAGACGCAAACUCCACAACAGAUCGAACCCAUACAGAUCUGGCCACCGUCAGAACUAGUGAAGGCUUACAAGCGGCUCGGUGUCAAUCGUAAACUCGGUCUGUCUGGUCGUCCACCAAGGCCAAUAGGAACUCUGGGAACUAGUAAGAUCUACCGUAUUCUGGGCAGAACGGUUGCAACUUACCCUAAACUUCUGGACGAGACUGAUUUCUACAUGGCCCUGGAUAUGUCUCUUCUUAUCGACGAAAUCAAGACGAAUUUGGCGUUCGUGCGAAACAAUUGGAACAUGAAGGGCCGACCCACCCUGUGUCUCUUACUGAGAGAAAAGAACUUACGGGGCAAGCAAUUCCAGGAGACUCUUGAACUGUUGGCCUCGUUCAAAAGAGGAUUCUGUGGAGGAGUUAAAAUAAAACUGGGAAGGCUUCAGACGUUGGUAUCGACAGCUGUGAUUGAUCAUUUGGACUUCCUUCAAGCCGACCGCGAUGUCAGUGACCUUGAUGAAGCUGAAGGAGGACUGGACCAGGUACGUGUUAAAGAAAAGGAAGGAGUAGAUUCCAGUCCUCCGACUCCCGGCUCGUCCGAGGGACAUAGAAUGAGUCACCACAUUCGCUUGAGUCGCAGCAUGACACUGACGGCUGAGGACGAGGUGAUUCCAAUAGACGAGGAAGACGGCAAUUCCAGGGACCUGGUGACUAAAUCACGUGAAGUUCUCCUGGCCGAGCUGGAGAACAAUCCAACGAUAGACCGACAGAUGUUGGUUUUACAGGAGUUGAUAAAGCGAGAUGGGGAAGAUUUCCAAACACGUGAAGGCACACUCAAGGAUAGGGUGGACUUGCUCUAUCAAAGGGCUGCAUAUGAUAAGAAAUGGUCAGCGGUGCGACGGGGUGCUGGGGUGCUUAAAAAACUAGUAGACAGUCUUGCGCCUGGUAUCACGACUAUACUGGUCAGCGGUAAAGUGGUAACAAUUGGUGUGUUUGGCCAUGAAGAGAAAGUAAUAUACGAACCGCUGACUCCUGCGGCUAUCCAGAAAAUCCUGUAUUCCUUCUGCAGUCCUCAUGAUGUCAGAGAAGCAGUGCUUCAACAAGAGAUGGUUCUUUAUUUGGCUGCGUUUGUGGCAACUAUGCCUAAAGUCUUUGAGGGAAUGUUGAAGAUCAGAAUAGGAUGGAUUAUCGAAGCCAUGAAACAAAGAUUGGCCAGCCGAGGACUAGGCUCUUUGUACGCUCAAUCUCCAAGCGAUGUGAAUCAACUCCUGAAGAUUGUCCUCACUUCCAAAGGGAAACUCCACGGUCAAGACAUUGCACCGAGGACCCCGUUGCAAAACAGACAGCUGGAUGGUGCAGUUCACAGAGUUCCCCCAGGGUUUUAUGACAAAGUAUGGGGUAUACUUGACCGAGUUCCUGAAGGAAUAAAAGUGUCUAAACACAAUAUCUUAUCGCAGCUUCCCACAAUAUCAGAAAUGACACAUCGUGAACGGAACUUUCAGCUCAAGGUGGAAGAACUGCUAAGCGACAUUUCCAACCCGGAAUACAGACAGAUAGUAGUGGAGCUUUUAGUCGUACUUGCAACAAUUCUUGAAAGAAACCCGGAAGUGGAGCUGAGCCAGUGUAUUGACUUGGACGAGCUGGUAGAUGAAGCCAUUGAACUUUUCGCUAGUGACUUGGGGCCUGAAAACAGUGAGAGUGCUAAAGAUCAGUUCCACAACACACCACGUGACGGCAAGGGAGGCACCACGACUUACCUGGCAAGGGCCGUCGUCAACAGGCUCCUGAAAGGGAGCGCAUGCGUAUCAUCGAACUGUUACGUCAGCUGAGAAGCUACUGAUUCAGCUGUGACCUCGUGUAACGCAAGGAUUCCUGCUCAGCUGGGAUACCAAAUGUAACGCAAGCCAGAGGCGAAGUCAAAACUGCCUUUAAUAGAUCUCUAAUUGAUCGAGAUCGAAAGCAAACAGAAAGACGAUAAAGAAGCAGAGAAAAAUCUGCGAGUAGCCAAUAAAGAAUAAAAUAAAAUCUCGCUCAGAAUGAGAGCGCAUUAGAAACUCUCAAACUUACGGAAGGUUUAGGUAUGUUGCGGGACAAAGGCCUUGUCACACCAAAAGGAAAAAGGCUAACUGAAUAGUCGAAAUAGUCGCAAAAUGUAAUGCAAAAUGCAAGAUGAAAACAGGGACAUUUAACACAUUAUGCAAUGUCCUCUAGUAUGUUGCACGCGAAAACCGCGAUGGAAGAUGGGAAAAUGAAUGAGAAGAUGGAAAGAAGAGGGGAAUCCAGGGUGAACUAUUGUGGAGUGGGCCGGACCAAAAACAAUACGUUUGAACUAGCUCAAAAGCAACUUAAAAUAUUAAUAACCAGAGAGAGUUUAAUUUUCUGAGUACUAGUGCGCAGUAUAGAGCGCAGUGGAAAUUGAUUGUGCAACGUACGCGAAAUGCGCUGGAGAUGCACUGGGAACGAAUGGGGAAACGCACGCGGAAGCGUACUUUUGGAGUCUCUGAUUCAGCUGAACAAAGAAUACCUUUUGAAUUACCCUAAAGAAGCCAACAAUUUUAAUAACCUAAGAUGUAAUUUUAUUAUCUAAAGUAAUGGUGUGAGCUAUACAGUAAAAUAAUGUGAAAUAAAGUAUUUUAAAUAUU